GAACUGUCCACAGAUAAAAAUGGAGAAUCUCGGGUAUUUCCUCUGAGACGCAAAUUGAAGCUGUGGGUCGAUGAGCUACACUGUCUCCAGACUCUGGCGUUUUCUUCUUUGACUAUCUUUGAUCGUCACAGCGAUCUUCGAUCAUGGUUAAUAUGCAAUUGUCUGUUCGCUGCCAAAUUGGAAUCGACUUCUUUGAGUUCCUGAAGGAGAGUCAUCGAGCAUCCAUCACAGACAGAAUUGAACUGAGAGACAUUUACAACACGGAGUUCAGGAGUAGGAAUUCAGGGACCAAAGACCCAAACUUUGGUUCAGUCCUCUAUGCCCUGAAGGUGUCCAACAAAGUAACAAGACGAAGGGAUACGAUUCGCUUCAACUCCACGGUCACAGCUCUUUUUCUGGACCAGUGGCAUUCACCAAGGGGCAGUCCACCAGAACCAGUCCAGAAUGGAGCAGCCAGUCCCAGGACGGAACAGGCCUACACCUCCGAAGAUCAGGCCGAGACGGGCGUUCGAGUCCGGAGGAAACUGGCAAGCCUUCUGAUGACCAGACUGAAGACGGACAGGGCUCAGUUCAUCUCUGACAAACGUGGCAUCUGCAUCGACUCCGACCAUCAGUUUGAGAAAGGGAAACUUAGCUUGCGCGUUGAUGGCUCAUGUCAGUGUGUGGUGAAUCUGAACGUGCAGAACACUGGAACAGAACCAGUGUAUUUCACCUACUACACCCCACUGCACUGGCUCAGGGACUUCAUCUUAAAGGAUGAGAACAAGGUGACCAAGACAAACCCUCUGUGUUUACAACCAGGUGACACAUAUGAAGUCCAGGUCAUCUUCAGCUGCAGUGUGGUUGGUUUCUAUCCAGCUACAUUGGCCUUCGAGUUCAAACCAGACCUGCAGCCCUCCACCGCUGCGUUCCACAUCGUGCGCUUCAUUGAGGCUCAGUGUAUAACUGCCUUGGGAAUGGAGCUGGCACCUGUAGCCCCCUAUAAACCCCGCUCCCUCCCUGCCUGGACCCCUGAGGCCAACUGCCCGAUUGUGGAUGGACAGCGACCUGAAGGGCUGUCAGUGAUGCAACUAAAAAAUGUGAUUGAGCUAAAAAAGUAUCAAAUACCAGCAUACAUGAACCAGCUCAUCCAGUCACUGAAGCAUUCUACUUACUUCGGUGAUAAAAGGAGGGCCUUGCUGGACAGUCCCCUGAGCUGGGAGAACUACACUGAGAAGUUUCAGCUGAUGCUGUAUCUGGAGGAGCUUCAGAUGGAAGUGGACAUCAAGAGAUACAACAUCCCCAACAGUGAAAAAGAACACGCCGUCAUGGUUCGAGACAAGAAACUUCUCGUUCUGGAGGUACCUGGUGUGUCUGAGAACCGCCCGUCUGUUCUACGAGGAGAUUCUCUGCUGGCGUAUCCUGCAGAAGAAAAAGGGGUGAAGUACCGCGGCUACGUCCACAGUGUGCUGCUGGACAGUGUGAAACUCGGCUUUGGGUCAAAGUUGCUGGAUCGCUUUGUCGAUGGCAUGAAGUUCAAUGUUGAGUUCACUGUCAACCGCCUGACGGUGCGCGUUCAGCACCGAGCAGCAGAGCUGGCAACUACAUUCAGACUGGGAGAGGUGUUGUUCCCUGCUGCACCUGCUGCACCUGCUGCACCUGCCGACUCCUCUCAGCAAACUGAGCUUCCCCAGCUCAGGCUGUUUGACUCAAAGCUGGAGAGAAACCCAGAGCAGUAUCAGGCUGUACAACACAUUGUAGCUGGCUCAUCCAAACCUGCCCCAUACCUGGUGUUUGGCCCACCUGGAACAGGCAAGACCGUGACUCUGGUGGAGGCCAUUAAGCAGAUAGAGAAGACCCAGGCCGCCUGCCACAUCCUGGCCUGCGCUCCCUCCAACAGCGCCGCCGAUCUGAUCUGCAAGAAGAUUCUGGACCACGUGGACGGGCAUAAAGUGUUCCGCAUGUACGCCAGCAGCCGUGACCCAAGAUACGUCCCUGAGGAACUAAAGGCAUGCUCUAACCUGGUAGGGGAGUGUUACGUUUAUCCUGCUAAAGAGAAGCUGAUGGAGUAUAGGAUCAUGGUCACCACCCUGUUAACAGCUGGAAGGAUGGUCACAGGAGACAUUCCUGAUGGUCACUUCACUCAUGUGUUUGUGGACGAGGCAGGACACGCUGUGGAGACUGAAUGUUUAGUCCCAUUGGCAGGGCUGCUCGAUGCAGAGUCGGGUCAGGUUGUUCUGGCCGGAGACCCCAAGCAGCUCGGACCCAUUCUCAGAUCCCCCUUUGCACUGAAAUACGGCAUGGGAGUGUCCCUCUUGGAGCGCCUGAUGAAGGAUUUCUCUCUGUACCGGAAGGACGAGGGCGAGUUCAACAAUCGCUUUGUCACCAAACUGCUGCGCAACUACAGGUCCCAUCCGGCCAUUCUGAAGGUUCCCAAUGAGCUCUUCUAUGAUAACGAGCUGCAGUGUUGCGCCGAUGAAAUUUUGCGCAGCUCCUACUGCGGAUGGGAAUACCUCAAGAACAAGAACUUCCCGGUGAUCUUCCGAGGUGUGACCGGUAUUGACGAGCGUGAGAAAAGCAGUCCUUCAUUCUUCAACGUAGCAGAGGUGGAGGUGCUCAUGGACUACGUGACGAAACUGAUGCAGACAGAUGGCAAGAGGGGCCGGUCCACCAUCUCACCCAGAGACAUAGGCAUCAUCGCUCCCUACAGGAAACAGGUGCAGAAAAUCCGCAAGGCCCUGACAAAAGUUGGUAAAGACCUUAAUAAGGACAUGGACGGGCUGAAGGUUGGUUCGGUGGAGGAGUUCCAGGGUCAGGAGAGGAGAGUGAUCAUGGUGUCUACAGUUCGGAGCAGCCCCAAUUACGUAGAGAUAGACAAACAGUUCAACCUAGGCUUCGUCAAGAACGAGAAGAGAUUCAACGUGGCCGUGACUCGAGCUAAAGCCCUGCUAAUCGUGGUGGGAAACCCCAGAGUGCUGAACUCGGAUCCUACCUGGGCCCGAUUCAUCCAGUACUGUCGAGAUGAAGGAGGCUACGAGGGCUAUGAGCAGCUAGAGGAAGACCUGAACGUGGUGGAGAGACUCGCUGCCCUCUUCAUCAACAUCGAUAUUCAAGUGGAGACUGCAGAGAGCGCUGUUCAGCAGGUUCUGGACCCCGAGUGGAGGAGCGACCUGUGAGGGAAACCAGAGUACAAUCUUCCAUCCCGAUUCAUUUUGCAUCGACGUUUCAAGACAAGAUUUUACAUUUUUACUUAAAUUCUUCAAAAAGGGCUUAAUGUCACCCGUCGUCGUUUUUAUCCAAACAAAUAAAACAUUCCAAUAGACCUGUAACAUCAGCGAUAUGAACUUGACCAAAGACCCUAAAUGAGCCGAUUCAUAUUUAGAGCAGUUUGUCUUUAGCUACCUUAUAGGACUGCACAAACGCCCCUUGACUUCAUAACAGCUACAAAUGCUCCUUUUAACCUCGUUAAAGUCACAGAAAAUUAUUUGGACUAGAUGCUUCAAUUUUUUUAAAUAAAUCUAUAUUGUUCUUUAAAAAGGAAUUUUACCAAAAAUGUCAGUCUCAGGGUUAUUUAAUCGCCACUGCUCUCUUAGAAUCAUGAAGUGGUAUGUGUGUCCAUGUAUCUAUUUUGAAAUCAGUGUUACAAAAUACAGCUUUUUAAAUGAGUAUUGACUAUUAAAAAAUGUUUGUGGUCAA